AUGUCAUCAACACCACAAUCAUCGCCAAUUAUUAUUGUUAAAAAUAACUCUAAUGGUGAAUUUGGUACAAUAAAAAUUGCCCUUGCAUCAAUUGGAGGAACUUUGGGCGCAGUUAUAAUUAUAGUAUGGAAUGUAAAAAGGAAAGAUAAUUCUCUUAGAUAUAUUAAUGAAGAACAUACUUUACCUGGAAAUGUUGUUGAACAUAAUAGUAGGUUUGAUUUCUGA